GUGACUAACAAAACUAAGGAAAGCAAUAAUCGAAAUCGGAACCAAGGAACCGACACCGGAAAUUGGAUGAACAGCUCAAGAACACAAACCGAGAAAACCCAACAAUUCGAGCGAGGAAUUCACAAUCUCGAAAUCGAAAACCCGGGAAGCGAGAGCUACUUAUGGAUAGCGAAAAUUUGUCUUCGAGAAACCAACACAAAGAAAGAAAAAGGAAACCAAUUUGAAGAACUGGAAACCAAAGU